AUGUAAAAUAUAAACUCAUUACAAAAUAAUUACAUAUUACGGCUAAUCUAUUCAUUAGGAGGGAUAACCCUUAUUUACUAGGUAAUCAAAUAUUAAUUUAAAAAAUUUGCACGCUUGGUAAGAAAUUGGAAAUCCUACCCCAAACCAAUAAAUUUAAAAUAAAAUAUUCAGCAAAAGUUAGUUGGAAGUGGUUCUUUAUUAAUUAUAAAAUAACAAGUAAUCUAUGGGAAAACAAAACAAGAAAACUUAUCUUUAUUACCUAUUACAAUUUAAUUAAAUAGAGAAUUCUUGGCUUUGAAAAAAUAAAAUACAUUUUUACAUGAUCCAUGUUUCCUCUUGGUCGAUCCUCAUGAGGAAAAGUUGCAAAUUAACUAAUGUUCAGAUAUAAUAUUUAAGUCUAAUAUUUAUGAGAAAGUAGAAGGCAGGGAUUUUAAAUAUGACAAAAUACUAAAAGUCUUUGGAUAUAAUAAAUUAUUUUUCACAAACAUUACAGAAAAUAGAAUUAAAGUAUUUUAUUCCUCUAUUAAUUAGUUUGGUACACCUAUAUUUGUAAUAGGGGAUUUGAUUAUUAAUAAAAAUACAAAUUCUGUUCGAUGUUACAAACAAUAUUUUAUGGGUGAUUUGGGAUCUAUGAGAAAGUAUUUGCAAGGGUAAAUAAUAUAAUAAUCUUGCCUUUUACUCAUUACCUUAUGCAUUUUUAGUUAUUUUAUGUAUGAUAUAUAUAGAAUUCAUAAGAAAAAAAAUAAAAAAUGUUCAAAUCUAUAAAAAGUAAUCAUUUCGAAAGGCAAUGAUUCACUUUAAUGUUAAGAAUGCAAAAAAUAAUUGAUUGAUACAUUCUUUUCCCCGUGUGGACAUUUUAAUUUAUGUUAUGACUGUUCUAAACCCUACUAAAAUUGUCCUAAUUGUGGUGAAUAUGUGGAAGAAACAAUAAGAACUUUUAAAAACUGA